AGAGGUUGUGGGCGGGGAGAGGUGCUGACUAGCAGGCGGUUCGCCCAAUGAAGGGCGGAAGCCGUGGGAGGGGGCUGGGCCAGUCGACUAGGGGCUGGCGACUGUGGGGACCGGUUGUGUGCCAUGGCGGAGCCGGUGAGGAAACGGGGACGGCGGCCUGGCGGCGGCGAUGUCGGCCUCGGGCCUCAGGGAUCCCCGGGCGGCCGGGGCUGGAGUCCUGGCGCCCAGCAAUCGCCAUCCCGGGGCACCCUGGACUCGGUCCUUGUGGACUUGGUCAGCGACAGCGAUGAGGAUGUCUUGGAGGUCGCGGCAGCGCCCGGCGCUGCGGACCCGGCCGAGGUCCCGCUCCCGGAACCCCCCGUGCCGGCCGCGGCCCAGGACGACAGCGACAGUGACAGCGAGGGGGCGGACGCACGGCCGGCUGGAGCCCCUCGGGUCUUGGUCAGGCGGCGGCGGCGGCUGCUGCUGGAUCCUGGAGAGGCACCGGCGGUUCCAGUGUACUCCGAGAAGGUGAAAAGCAGCCUCCAGCUCAUCCCAGAUCACAUGUCCCUCCUGAAAUUCUGUCCCCCAGAGACUGAGGAAGAGGCAGAAGUGGCAGAUUCCAGCAGUCCCCACGCUGAGGAUUCCCCCUGUCCCGAUUCUCCCUGGAAGAAGAAACUGAGGAGUAAGGAUGGAGAAGAGAAGAAAAAGAUGUUACUGGUUCAGGAUACCUCACCAUUGACCCCACCUCUGCCACGGACCAGCAGCAGGAAGCAUACUCAGGCACUCCGGAAGUUAAGGGAGGUAAACAAGCGCCUCCAAGAUCUCCGUUCCUGCCUGAGUCCCAAGCAGCCCCAGGGCCAGGACCAGCUGAGCCAAGAGGAUGAGGUGGUCCUAGUGGAGGGGCCUGUGCUCCCAGAGAACCCUCGACUCUUGCCACUCAAAAUCCGGUGCCGGGCUGACCUGGUCAGAUUGCCCAUCAGAGUGUCGGAGCCCCUCCAGAGUGCGGUGGACCACAUGGCCGCCCGUCUUGGGGUGUCCCCAAGCAGGAUCCUCUUGCUCUUCGGAGAGACAGAGCUGUCCCCUACCUCCACCCCCAGGACCCUAAAGCUUGGAGUGGCUGACAUCAUUGAUUGUGUGGUGCUAGCAAGUUCUCCGGAGGCGGCAGAGACGUCCCAACUGCUCCAGCUGCGGGUGCAGGGGAAGGAGAAGCACCAGAUGCUGGACAUCUCGCUGCCUCGAGAUUCUCCUCUCAAGACCCUCAUGUCCCGCUACGAAGAGGCCAUGGGACUCUCGGGCCACAAUCUCUCCUUCUUCUUUGAUGGGACAAAGCUUUCUGGCAAGGAGCUGCCGGCUGAUCUGGGCAUGGAAUCCGGGGACCUCAUUGAGGUCUGGAGCUGAAACCCCACUCCCUGUUUGGAGGCCCAGCCUGGACUUGGAGAGAACGGCUGCCCCCUUUUGGCCCCAUAAAGGCUAGAUGAAGCUGAGGUGGAACUUAUCCUCAAGCUGAAGCAAAAUCAAGGAGUGAUCUUUGACCCCCUCUCCCAUUGACCCCAGUUUCAAGUCGUCAGCUACCUGGUUAGUUGCGUGGUGACCCUUGCUGCCCUGGUGGACUGUGGCUAUAUCCACAGGGUGUACUGAGUUUUGCGGCCCCCUGGGACAUGGAGAAGGUAUCCCUCUCCCUCACCCUUUCCCCUCCACCAUCCCUCUUUCCUUCAUCGAAAUGUCUUGUUUAUGAAACUGCUCACAUUGAAAGAGUGAGUUGAAAUCCAUAAGGGUUGGGUAUGGGAGUCCAGGCCUGGGGUUUAUGCCAGGGAUCUAGGACCAGCAGUGGCCUCAGUGUCACUGGGGGAUGGUGGUGAAACUGGCUUGGGGCACAUACAGGGCUGUGGCUCCUCGGCCUGCAGGAAGCUAGAUGGUCAAGCUCACACCUGCGUUAGCUUCAGCACAGGCAGACGACGGGUUAUUCUUUUGAAGAAUAUAGUAGAUUCUCAGGCUUGGGUGUCUUCCUCGCCCCAGGACCCUUUCAAGCCACCUUCCUGCUGAACACACAUGAUGUAAGGGAUAAUUGAGCACCUUGAGCCUUUUGGUUUUGGAUCUCAGGAUUCCAGUCCACGCAAGGCUUCUCUGGUUUUACGGCUUUUCCCCUUAAUGCUGUGCUCUCCCGUAAACAUCCAUUCUAAUUGUGUUGAUUACGUGUCUUUGAAUAUGAAUGUAUCCUUGAAAAAUGCCACGUUGUAUGUGUGAAUAUAGUUUUUCCAUAUGUAAUAUUAUGCUGUAGAUCUUAUGCUGUUGCUUUUCUCACUCAACCUGCGUCGCUUAUGCUACAUCAGCUUUAUUUCUUUGAACUGCUCUGAGGUAUUCCACAGUGGGUGUCAACUGCAUUUUACUUACACAUUUGCUAAGUGGUGAAUACCUGUGUGCCUCCAACUCCUCAGCACAUAUUCAAGGCCACGGUGAACAUCUUUUUACGUGUCCCCUUCUGUACUUUGUGGAAAGUUCUCCAGCAGAGGUACCCAGGAUGGGAUUAUGGGUCUGACAGGUUAAUUUCUCUAUUUUUUAAAAUAAUGGUCAUUGACUCUCCCACUUUAAAGCUUUCUGUUUCUCCUCCUCCUCGCCAGCACCUGUUACUGCCCAACUUUCUAAUUUUUGCUGGUCUGUUGGAUGUAAAGUGGUGCCCUGUGUUAAUGUAUAUUCAUCUGAUCACUAGUAAUUUGGGGAAUUUUGUUAUAUACCUGUCAGCCUUUCUGGUUUCCCUUCGUGUGAAAGGCUAAUUUAUAUUUGCUCGUUUUCUCAUGGGGGCUUCCAACCUAUCUUAUUUUUGUUUACUCUCAAAAGUUCUUUGUAUAUUCCUGGGCAGUUGCAAAAAACGCUCAGAAUGGCACUUUGUAUAUCCAGGAGUGUCCUUCAUUAAACAGAAAUUCUUACUUUUAAUAUAGAGGAAUUAACUAUUUGUUAUAUCAUUUGUUGCUUUUUGAUUUCUUAUUUAAAAGUGGUUAGGAUAUUUUACAUUUUCUUCUGUUAGUUUGUUAGCUUUUCUUUCACAUUUAAGCCACUAAAUAUUGGGCUGAAGUCCAGCCAGUACACACUGGUAUGUGUAUUGGCUGACAUCUGCUCUGCGUGGUGAAAUAUUUGUUUUCUUUGGUUGAUGGCAGGCUGUACUAGCUGCCGAAAUGCUGAAUAUUACUUUUCAACUAUUUGAAAUUCACCUUUGUCUGUGAGAUCUAAGUUUUAGUUUCACUGUAUAAUGAGCCAGUUUUCUCAGCACUGUCUACUAAUAAAGCCAUGAAUUUUCCACUGAUAGGUGAUAUAAUUUUGGCAAAAACAUAUCACUAAGAGUUUUUUUUUGUUGGAAUGUGGCAUUCCUUUGAACUUAUAAUGUGGGAAAUAUAGAAAGAAAAAUUUUUAUCAUUUAAAUAAUUCAUGAUAUGGUAUAACUCAGUUUUUUCCAGAUAUUUUACGUCCAUGAGUAAGUCUGAACACAUUAAAAUAUGCUCAACCUCAACAGAA